UAGAGGUUCUAGAUUUUUACAAAUUCCAUUUGUUGAUAAUCUUGACACGAAUUUUCUGAGUCUCACUGGAUGGUUCUCGCAAGGUCACCAGAACAUAGUAUGAGACAUUAUUUUGUGACAAUCGACAUUGUUAUGUAUAAGAGAGAGUUAACCGAUUAUGUUCUACGUGAGAGGAAGAUGUAUACAUAAGUAUUUGACUGGUUAACCAAAUGAUCAUAAGAAUAUAUUCAAAAAUAUAUUGGUAUUACUAUGUUUGAAAUUUUUUGUUUAAUAUAGUUCAAAAAGUAUUAUGUUUGACUAUAGUAUUGUAUGUACCAUAAUUGGUUAUAUUUAAAUUAAUGGUUAAACUAUUUUAUGGUAUAAAUUUAGCAUUUUGUCUUUCACAUAGACGAUAUACUUGUAUUAUGAAUAAAAGAAUUUUGGUGAAAAAAAUAUAAGAAACGUAGUUUCUUGAAACAAUCUCAAAACUGAGUAUCACAUUUUAUGUGGUUAUCAAUCAAAUAUCAUUCUUUUACAACAUAAUUUAUCGUGUACCAUACUUUACUCUUCAAACCUAAACCUUAUACCCUAAAAACUAAUAAUUACAUGUCUGCAUACCUAAAAUCCAAACACUAAACCCUAAAUAGGUAAUAUUUUGACUCAUAGUAGAAGGAGUUUCAUAUGGAAUUAAUGUAUGAUUUCGAAAUCAUAGUAUAUAAGGAAGCUCAACUGAAUUAGACCGAACCACAAUUGUGUAUCUAAACCAUAUAUGUUGCAUAGACAGUAUAUGUAACUGAAACACUUAAUGAAACGAUAUAUAUGUAUAUGUUUAGAAUAUGCAUCAAACUUUAUAAUGUGAUAUCAAACAAAAUGAUUGACAUGUAUAUGUGUAGAAUAUACAUCAAAUUUUAUAAUAUGAUAUUAAACCAAAUGAAUUCAAAAGCAUAAUAAGUUAGCAAUUUUUGGUUAGGAUAACCACAUAAUUUAACACGAAUCGAAAUUGAAAUUAUGGUAAUUAAGAACGGUUUAAUUAAAUUAAUUUCAUAUUAGUCAUGUCAGCAAGUUUUGAGAGCCUAAUCCUAGGUGAAAUUCAGUCACAUUUAAGUCAUAAAUACAUGUUACCUUUGUCAUGUGAAUAGUCUCUUUCGAUUGGUUCAUUAUUGUUUAUAUUGAAAUCUCAUUGAUCUGAUUAAAUGUGUUCCGUUAAUUAGGGUUCUUCAGCCUAAAGUAGUUUAACUUUGUGAAAUUUUCUUGUAAAUUCUCAGAUUUAGUUGUUUGGUCAACUUAAAAUAGAUCAGAGCACCUGUAAUUUGCAGUUUUAUGCUUUCAUUAUUCUUUCAUAUGUUUAACUUCCAGGAAAAAUAUUAAAAGGAGAAAGGACAAACAAAUAAAAGAUUCUUCUUGUCUACCGUUGUGGUGGUUUUCUUCUACUGAUAUCAAGAUGCUGUUUUUACCUGUUUUUAAAUCUGCAGCUUCCCAAACUUCUACGGUUUGAAUAAACUAAUACUAUAACCAUGUGAUUCAAAGUUGGACCUUGAGACUUGAAGAAACACAACACAGAUUAAAAAUCCAUUAUUUUAAUUCUAAUCUUAAGCUGCAUUACAUUAGUUACAAUUAAUUAAACAAAGUACAAUAAGUCAUUAAGAGGAUGGAUCUUGAUUCUUGAUUCUUGAUUCGGAUUUGCACUUGGGACACUUUGCUACGGUAUUGUCCCCUUCGUUUGCAUUGUUUGGCCGCGCUUCACGGCCAUUUGCUGGUCUACAAGGAAGCAAUUUGCUUCUCUGAUUCGCUCUUCCAUUGAAAAGAGAACCUUUUAUUUGUUUGAUUAUUAUACAAGUUAACAAUUUAAUAAAGAGGAAAGAAAAGUUGCAUCAUGUUGUUAAUCUAAUUGGUUUUAGAGUCAGUUCUCUGCAUUUGAGGCUUUUCUUUUCUUUCUUUUGGCUUUUUUUUUCUCCUUUCUCUGUGUGUGUGCUUUUAGAUCUCCAAGGGAAGAAGUUAAGUUAGUUGCAUAAAAGGAACAAUCUGGUCCCCACCCUCAGUUCUUGGAACAUCUUUAUUUCCAUUUUAAGGGGAACGGUUUUGGUUAUGGUUAAACUAAUUUGGAUGAAGUGGACGUUGUGAUUCUUGAGGCUUUUCUUGCUCUUUCUUCUGUUCUGAAAGCAAUUGAUUUUUAGCUCUUCAAGAGUUUUUUUUUCCUAGGGGAAGAAAAAUGAAGUUCAUGAAAAUUGGGUCGAAGCCAGAUUCGAUUAAAACUGAUGGGAAUAAUGUCAGGUACGUAGAAAAUGAACUGGCUAGUGACAUUACUAUCAAUGUUGACGGAUCGAGAUUUUGUUUGCAUAAGUUUCCUCUUCUGUCUAAAUCUGCAUGCUUGCAAAAGUUGCUCUCAAGCACAGACAAAAACAACGCCGAUGAGGUUGAUAUCUCUGGUAUACCCGGCGGACCAACUGCCUUCGAGACGUGCGCUAAGUUCUGUUACGGCAUGACAGUAACCCUAAGUGCCUACAACGUUGUGGCUACAAGAUGUGCAGCUGAGUACUUAGGGAUGCACGAGACGGCCGAGAAAGGAAACUUGAUCUACAAGAUCGAUGUGUUUCUAAACUCGAGCCUCUUCCGUAGCUGGAAAGACUCCAUCAUUGUUCUUCAAACCACUAAAACGUUCUCACCACUCUCCGAGGACCUCAAACUUGUUAGCCUCUGCAUUGACGCCAUAGCGAGCAAGGCCUGCGUCAAUGUAUCCCACGUCGAAUGGUCUUACACUUACAACAGAAAGAAACUGGCUGAAGAAAACAACGGUGCGGAUCAAGUCAGGGCUCGGGAAGUUCCACAUGAUUGGUGGGUCGAGGAUUUGUGUGAGCUUGAGAUUGAGUUUUACAAGAGGGUUAUAAUGAACAUCAAAUCGAAAGGUGUACUUGGCGGAGAAGUUAUCGGAGAAGCUUUGAAAGCUUAUGGAUAUAGAAGAUUAUCUGGUUUUAACAAAGGCGUGAUGGAACAGGGAGAUUUGGUGAAGCACAAGACCGUCAUAGAGACGCUUGUUUGGUUGCUGCCAUCUGAGAAAGACAGCGUCUCUUGCGGUUUCUUGCUUAAACUGUUGAAAGCAGCCACUAUGUUAAACUCCGGAGAGACGGUGAAGGAACAGCUUGUAAGAAGAAUAGGACAGCAACUGGAACAAGCUUCUGUCGCCGAACUCUUGAUAAAAUCUCAUCAAGAAAGCGAAACAUCAUUGUACGAUGUUGACUUAGUGAAGAAGAUAGUUGUUGAAUUCAUGGCAAGAGAUCAAAACAGUGAGAUAGAGGUUGAAGAUGAUGACGAAGGAUUCGAAGUCCAAGAGGUAAAGAAAUUUCCUGGGAUUUUAUCCGAAGCUUCAAAGCUGAUGGUGGUGAAACUGAUAGAUGGCUACCUUACUGAGAUUGCUAAAGAUCCAAAUCUUCCUGCAUCUAAAUUCAUCGAUCUUGCUGAGAGUGUUUCUAGCAUCUCCAGGCCUGCACAUGAUGGGCUCUACCGUGCUAUUGACAUGUAUCUUAAGGAACAUGCAGGAAUCACAAAGGGAGAGAAGAAAAGGAUGUGCAAGUUGAUGGAUUGCCGGAAACUGUCGGUGGAAGCGUGUAUGCACGCCGUUCAAAACGACAGGCUUCCUCUACGUGUGGUGGUGCAAGUACUCUUCUUCGAACAAGUGAGAGCGUCUGCUUCGUCGGGAAGCAGCACACCUGAUUUUCCCAAAGGCAUAAGGGAGCUACGCAGCUGCGGGACAUAUGGGAGCUCAAGAUCAGUGCCGACGGUUAUGGAAGACGAAUGGGACGCCGUGGCAACUGAAGAGGAAAUGAGAGCAUUGAAGAGCGAGAUAGCCGCACUGAAGCUGCAGGAAGAGAGUGGACGUAAGAGCACGGAUAAAGCGGCGGUGACGGCGAUAAGCAGAGUGAAAAGUUUGAUAAUGUCAAGGAAGAUGUUCGGGAAGAAGUUGCAGGGAAAAGGAGGAGGAGGAGAGAAGAACAAUGGAGGUGGUGGCUCAGAUUCGUCGGAGAGUCUUGGAUCUGUAACUGAAGAGGGGGCUAAAACGGCAACGCCUUCGAGAAACUUGACUAGGAAGGUUUCUGUUUCUUGAUGAAUAAGGUCUUUACAAACAUGUUUGAAAGGUUUUCCUUUAGAUUUAUAUGAAUCAACUGUAAUUUCUUUGACUAUUUUGUUUGGUCUGUUUGCAAAAGAGAUCCUUUAUUAUAA